AUGUAUAUCCCCGUGGGGUCAAAGCCCAACAGCAUAGCGGAGCUCGUAGCCGAUCUCGAGCGGCGCCAAUCUCAAAAUCCGGCCCGAGGUGGUGUCUCGAGCAAAGCGUCCACGCAGUCCGCAAACACGGCCAACACGGCCACGACAACCCCGACAACCCCCGUGCCAGACCCUGCAGCGGGGAAACAGUCCCCCGCGGCCGCGAUCCCCAUAGGGACACAACCUAGAAGCUUGGCCGAGCUGGUGGAGGACCUCGAGCGCCGGCAAGCCAACGCACCCGCCGUCGACAAUGAUGCUUCGAGUGUGGCUUCGGGUCAGUCGGCCCCGUCUGCGGCCAGCGCCAACUCCCGGGCGACUUCGAAUGCGGGCAGAGGGGCCGUGGCUCCGGCGCCAGCUGUGCCUGCAGCCCCUGCGGCCAAGGCUAUCAAUGGACGCUCCGAAGAUCUUGUUGACUUUUUGGUCGGCCUUGAGCGUCGCCAGGCUCGCCGCAGCGGCACAGGUUCGUCCGUGCCGUCCGCACAGUCUACCAAGUCUGCACCCAGCGUGAGCUCCGCGGGAUCUUCCAACCAGGGGAGGGGACAACGCACCCCUCCUUCCGCAACCCCGACGACGCCUCCUGCAGUGGCUCCUCCUGCGGCGACUACUCCUCCUGCGGUGGCUCCUCCUGCGGCAACCACUCCUCCUGCGGCAACCACUCCUCCUGCAGCAACCCCUCCCGAAGCGACUCCCCCCGCAGCGACUCCUCCCAUAGCCGCCUUGGCUCUGAGCGGACGGUCCAACGACUUGGUGGACUUCUUGGUCGACAUCAACCGCCGCCAAGCCAGGCCGGCCGUCGGUAGCCAGGCCUCCAGCGUGCCGUCCCAGAAGUCUGCCAACACGCAGGGAACCAACAACUCGGCGGCCACUUCCAACGGCGUGCAGCGCGCCCCGGCUGCUCCUGCGACGCCAGCCGUCCGGGCAAUCAGCGGGCGUUCUGAAGAUCUGGCAGAUUUCCUGGUGAGCCUGGAUCGUCGACAGGCCAACGACAGGCGUCCAGGCCGAGACGGUGCCGCUAGCGUUUCUUCAGGAAACACAGCCAACUCGGCGGCUACUUCCAACGGCGGGCAGCGCGCUCCCGCUGCACCGGCAUCUGGACGCCCUGCAGCGCCGGCCGGAAUCGUUGCCAAAUCCAUCGCUAUUGGCGAGCAGCCCAGCAGCAUGUCCGAGCUGAUGGCGGAUCUCGAUCGCCGUCAAGCCAACAGGGCCCCCAACGGCAGGGAUGAUGCCACGAGCGUCGCUUCUGGGCAGUCUGCCAACUCUGCGGCCACUUCGAACGCAGGCAGAGCGGGGACGCCGGCUGCCCCCGCGAGGCCGGCCGCCCUCGAAGCCAAGUCCAUCCCCAUCGGUAGACAGCCCAACAGCCUCGCCGAGCUGCUGGCCGAUCUCGAGAAGCGUCAGGAGAAGAAGGACGGUGCGGCCUCGAGCGUAUCGUCCGGGUCGUCCAAGUCGGCCAAGUCGAUCAAGUCCAAGGCCGGCCAGGCGACGACUAGCUCGACGCCCGCCCAGGCCACACAGCCACCCACAUCCCUUCCCGCGCAGUCCACGCAGCCACCGACUGCCCUCCCUGCACAGUCCACGCAGAUACCGACUGCCCUCCCUGCACAGUCCACGCAGCCGGCUGCCCAAUCCACUCCCCCGCAGACUCCCGCUGCCACCCCCGAAGGAGCCAAUGGUGCAGUGCAGAGCCCGGCACCGGCGCCGUCUUCUGCCGGGGCAGGGGACAAGGUCAACGGCGCUGUCCCGUCGUCCACGGCACUGCCCACUCUGCCUUUGGAGCCAGCGAGGAGCUCUGCCGCGCCGACUGUCCCACAGAGCAAUGCAGCGCAACCAGUGGCAAGCGCCCCUGCCAGUAUCGACCCUCAACCUCAGAUGAGUGGAGGAAUGAUGGCUGGAGCUAUAGUUGGAAGCAUUCUUGGUGUCGCCCUCCUCGCAGCCGUAAUCUUCUUCCUCUGCCGGCGCCAGCGCAAGCGAGACCCGACCUCGGCCACCGAGCGCGGCCCCAACUGGGAGAGUCGCCUGUACGGCCCCGAGCGCAGCACCGUGAUGAGCGGGGCCAGGACCACGAUCCGCAGCUUCUUCUCGCGCCGAUCCGCGGGUCCCGGCCCUGCCCAGCCCGGCAACACGUCAAACGCCCCGGGCCGGAUGCCGUCGCAGUUCCCGACCCUGCCCAAGUCCGCCUUCGACUCGCGCCGCUCCGACCGGUCCACGGGGCUGUCGGCGCUCGACGAGAAGCAGUACCAGACGUACCAGAACCUGGUCGGACGGCUGAACCAGAAGCAGCCCGUGGGUUUUGAUCACCCAUUCGGCCUGAGCUUCCUGGGCGCGAGGUUUAGCGAGGAGAAGCUGGUCGGGCUUGCCUAUGGCUACGAGCAGCGGACAAACUUUCGGGACAAGGUGCCGCCGAUUAGGAUCCCCAAGACGGAGCUUGGUGACAUUACCAAUCCUGCCGGGGGACUUCUUCACCGGCUGAGACGCAGGAUAGUAGCCCAUGGGCACGGUGACGACGGGGGCGCCCACGAUGGCGGCAAAGUUCCUCGAUAUCGGCGUGGGCAUCAGUAUGGCGUCGAGCUUGUGGCGCUCGAUGGCGCCCAGGAGCCCGCCCUCGCCGCCGAGCAGUCUGUUCUCGGCCAGGGCGGCCAGGGCGCGCGGGUCUUCGUUGCCGAAGCCCUGCUUGUCGAGGCAGAUGUCCCAGGUCUCGACGUCCCGGGCCGGGUAGUCCUCCACGGCGCCCGCCUUGAUGGUCUCCCGCCGGACGUCGGCCAGGUUCCGGAUGCCCGACGGGUUGACCGUCAGCUCGGCCAGGAAUCGGGGCAGCGCCGUGACCAUGUCGGAGAAGAGCACAAUGUUCUCCGACGUGGACUUGUUCCACUGCUCCGCCAUGGUGAAGUUGGCCUCGACCACCUCGGCGCCCGCGCGCCUCAGCUCGUCCAGCGCGGCUCGGAACGCCCGCAUCACGGGCCCGUCGUCGGGCACGGUGGAGUCGAAGAGCGCGAUGGUGUUGGUCGGCACGCCGAGCCGCGCGCCCCGCAGCGCGUCCUUGCUGGCCGUGGCGCGCUCGUAGUCGGGCGUGGCCGCCUGCUCGAAGGGGAUGGCGUCGGUGUAGUUGUCGCGGUCGUCGCGGCCCACGAUGGGCUGCAGCAGGCGCGCGGCGUCCUUGACGGUCCGUGCGAUGGUGCCGACCGUGUCCUGGUGCUCGCUGACCGGCAGCACGAGGAAGCGCGACGUCAGGCCCACCGACGGCUUGAUGCCGACCAGGCUGGCCGUCUGGGCCGGCAGGAUCACGGACCCGUCCGUCUCGGUGCCCAGCGCCGCCGCCGCCAGGCCCAGGGUGGCCGCGACGGCCGAGCCGCUGGACGAGCCGGUGGGGUCCAUGUCCGCGUGGUAGGCGCCCAGGCACUGGCCGCCGUGGGCGCUCCAGCCGUUGCUGGAGCUGUUGCUGCUGCUGCGGAACGUCGCCCACUGGCUCAUGUUGGCCUUGCCGAGGAUGACCCCGCCGGCCUCGCGCACCUUGCGCACCACGGUGGCGUCGCGGGCGAACUUGGCCCCGAGCAGCAGCGUCGAGCCGCCCGUCGUGUUCAUGGCGUCCGCCGUCGCCAUGCUCAUCUUCAGCAGCACGGGGAUGCCGUGCAGCGGGCCUCGCGUCUUGCCUCUGGCGCGCUCCUCGUCCAGCUCCGCCGCGAUCUUGACCGCGUCUGGGUUCAGCUCGGUCACGGCGUGGAAGUAGUCGUUUACCUCGUUGAUGCGCGCCAUGUAGGCCUUCGUCAGGUCGACGCUCGUGAAGAGCUUGCUUUCGAGACCCCUGGAGAGGUCUUCCAUGGUGGCGUCGAUCAGCGACGGGAACGGCUUGCCCUUGACCGUCGUCGGUCCCUUGAGGCCGGCCCAGACGAGCUGGAGCCACAAGGCGACCGACAGCAGAAGCACGAUUGGGCUACGUUUGGUAGUCAUUGUUGGGACUAG